AUGCCUCCUCGGAAGAUCACGUUUAAAGAAAACAUGUCUCGGAGCCAGCACUAUGGUCUACAAUCGGCCACAAUGGUUCAACCUUCCAACGGGGGCCAUACCUACCUGUUCACGAACAGCUGCUCAGAAAACGACCUGUCGGAAGAGGAUUGUGAGAACUAUGAGCUUCGGCCUCGAGGUAGAGAGCGUUUGCGUAGAAGUACUUCGCGAGAAAAGAUGGAUGACAUCAUAUAUCUGGUUCGAGACAUCCAGGAAGGAGAUACACUCAACAGUAUUGCUCUGCAAUACCAUUGCACGGUUGCUGAUAUUAAACGUUCCAACAAUCUUUUGAAGGAACAAGACUUUUUUGCUCUUCGUUCAAUUAAGAUUCCAGUGAAACGUUUUAGCAUCCUUACAGAGACUCACAUGAGUGGAGCAGCCUCAUCUUCCUCACCUCCUAGUGCCAGGCCCCAACCUCAGGUCUCUCCUUCAACUGUCCUUCCUUUGGAAUCCUCCACAGACUCAUGCUCCUCCACAGACAGUGUAGAAGGAUUUCUAUUGGAGAAGGAUAAAGACAUAGAGCGGCUAGUGAAGUCCACUAAUCCUUCACGGAGCAACCUCAACCAGUGGCUGGUCCAAGGAACCCUGACAGAAACGCAGAUCGAAGUGGACCAGCACAUCAAAAAGAAAAUGACCCUAAUGGCUUAA